UUAUUGUAGAGAAUAAUGGAGGGAAAGCGCAAACGGAAAAGAGGAAAGCGACGAGGUGCUCAGAAGAGCAGUAGUAGCUGUAGCAACACCACGACGACGAUGACGACGCACAAUGAUCUCAUGGAUCUCUCCGUCUCCAACCAAGUCCAUGCACCUCAACCAAAGCGCUGCAAAACCGGCCCACUUGGAAACUCCCUCUCCGCCGCCUCCAACUCCAAUUUCCUUCACAAGAUGCGAGCUAGGUUAUCCGGAGGCCAUUUCAGGAUGUUAAAUGAGAAGUUGUACACUUGCAGCGGAAGCGAGGCCUUCAACUUUUUCAAAGAAGACCCGUCUCUUUUUGACAUGUAUCAUGCAGGAUAUCAAGAACAAAUGUCACAUUGGCCAGAGCAGCCAGUCAAUAUCAUCAUCGAAUGGCUUAAGAACCAGAGUACCUCUUUGAAGGUGGCAGAUUUUGGCUGCGGGGAUGCACGCCUUGCAAAAAAUGUGAAGAAUAAAGUCUUCUCUUUUGAUCUCGUCUCAAAUGAUCCUUCAGUAAUUGCUUGUGACAUGUCAAAUAUUCCCCUUGAUCCAUCAUCAAUGGAUGUUGCUGUUUUUUGUCUCUCACUCAUGGGAACUAACUUCCCAAGUUACCUACAGGAAGCACAUAGAGUUCUUAAGCCAUGUGGCUGGCUUUUGAUAGCAGAAGUAAAAAGUAGGCUUGAUCCAAACAAUGGAGGAGCAGACCCAAAUAGGUUUUCGAAGGCAAUCUGUGAACUUGGAUUUAAUCUAAUUUCUAAGGAUUUCUCAAAUAAGAUGUUUGUUUUGUUUUUCUUCAAGAAGAAGGAGAAGCCAUGUCGAGAGAAGGAAAUCGAAUGGCCUGAGCUGAAGCCCUGCCUGUAUAAGCGUCGCUGAGUCAGUGGUGUUGGAUUUUUCUUGCUCCAGGUUGUUGACGUGUGUGAAACUUCAGCUUACGUCCCUUUAGUGGAGAAUUGCAUGUGGGUGUAACUUUUCCACCAGCAUCUUGAUCUAACUAUUGCUCCUGUUCAUGGAUGCAGACCUUCCAAUGGUGAGUUGUUCAUUGCUUUGGUAUCACAUCAAUCUAAUGAUCAUGGAGCUCAUUUGAAGGACCAUUGUUUUCACCCACCAU